AUGAGGCAGUACAUUGAGCUCUUUUUCAAGUCUUUAAAGGAGGAGGAAGCCGUUCAGGUAGUGAAUAUCGGAGCCGGCUUGGACACCACCUUCUUUUGGAUAAGCGAACAGCGGAAGAAUGCAACCUAUUACGAAAUAGAUUUCCAUGAACUACUGCUGGAAAAGGCGAACAUAAUAAACCGCGUCGAUGAGUUGAGGGGAUUUCUAAAGGGAGUUGAUGAGGGUGACGUUGCGAGCAAACCUAACAUGGGUGCAGAUCUCAUCAACUGCGCAAACUACAAAAUGCUCUCGUUGGACCUGAACAACUCGAGUCUGCUGGAGGAGCACUUAACGAAUUGCGGGUUCGACUUUUCGAUCCCUACUGUAUUCAUUUGCGAAUGCGUUCUAAUUUAUUUAGAGAUAGCGAGCAGCGACAGUUUAAUAAAAACAUUGGCUGGCCUUAUGAGAAGCACCUCCUGCAUAUUGGUGUAUGAACAGGUCAACCCAAGUACCGCCUUCGGAAAGGUGAUGAUAAGCAAUUUUAGCCAAAGAGGUAUAGAACUGAAAAGCAUAUUCAAGUACGACAAUUUGGAAAAACAGCUUUGCAGAUUUAAGUCGCUGGGAUGGAGUCAUGUCUACAUAAGUGACAUGAACGAGAUUUACGAUUAUCACUUAAGUACGGAUGAAAAAAAAAAAAUCGAGAAAAUUGAAAUGUUUGAUGAGUUUGAAGAAUGGAGGUUGUUACAGAACCAUUACUUCAUAAUAGUUGCGUUUAGUUGUUCAGAAGAUUUGAACAUGAAUGCACUGUAUGUUUUUUUAAAGAACAUAAAGGAUACGUGGGGAGGAUUUUCUCCAAAUGUGUGA